UGUUGUCUCGUCCUCGAUGAUGAAAGAUAACUAGUGUAGUCCCGGCUUACAUCCUCUGGCGUCACACAAUUUUAAAGCUAAAAUAAAAUAUUUCUGAACGCAGUCGUACGUAGGUCCCACCACGCCAUCUAUUACCUGUCAACUCAUUCGGUUUUCCGUGUUAUUGGCGUCACGUUUGCGGUCGUGAAAAAUUUUGAUAUUUAUAGUGUUUUUUCUACGAAAUAUUCGAUACAAUGGACAGAAAAAGGAAAGGAGAAGAUAAACUUCAUCUACUGAAAAAGAUUCGACGGUUGGAAAAGAAAAUAAUCAGUUUACCGGAAUCCGAUGACGAAGCUAAGGAGAUUGAAGAAGGUGAAAUUGAAAGUGAGAAGGAGAAUGAUCAUCCAAACUCUGAAUUCCUUGAUGAUUUUAUCCUUGAGGAGGAUAACAACAAAGAGGAAGAACUAGAGGAUGAAGUACUAAAUAUAUUAGGAGUGGCUCCUGCUCCAGCCCCUAAGAAAGAACUAUUGCACAAACAAAUUGCUGGGAGAUGGUGCGAGAUCCUGGAGAAAGGACUGAAAAAGGAUGAAAAAGAAACAAUUACAAAAGACAAUCCAGCCUUCCAGAAUGUGCCCAAGAUGUGUGCUCCAAAACUUAACAAAGAAGUUGCCGCUGCUCUGAAUGACAUGGCUAAGAAAAGGGAUCAAGUUAUUGAAACCCGACAGAAACAAAUGUCUACAGCCUUGGCUUGUGUAGGCCAAGCUCUACAGAUGUGUAUUGGAGAUCAUCAACAACAAAAACUGUCAAUUAUAAAGAAGCUGAAUGAAGCGGGAAGGCUGCUAAGUGACUCCAUAUUUCUAGAAACAAAAGGACGUAGAAACUUGGUACUCUCAACAAUAAAUAAAGAUCUAAAGGACUCAUUAUUGGAAACUGAGAGUGGAGAUUACUUGUUUGGUGACAAUCUGAUUGAGAAGAUAAAAACUGCUAAGGCAGUCCAAAAAUCAGGAAAGGAGUUAAAAGUAAUAGUGAAUGACAAAAAGAAAACCUUUGUAAGGCGACCUGAAACCAGCGCAAAGAACGACAACAACCGAGCUUUAAACUGGCGGGGCCCUCCUCGGAUGGGAUCACAGAGGUUCCAGAGGUCAGGCGGGCCGACAUACAAUCGCCAACAACAAGCCAGCAAGAAGAACGAGGACAAGACAUUGCCGAGACGAGGGAAGAAAUAAAUGCUAAGAGAGCCACACCCCUUGCACAAGAACCUAAGGCUGAUGGCAGGAGUAUUAUCCGGCAGGCCUUCAUAAAAUCCGGAAUUAGUGAAGAUUCAGCAGAGAUCAUGUUAGCUUCUAUAUCGGUUAAUACAUUAAAACAAUAUCAACCAUGUAUUGUCGCGUGGACUAAGUAUGCAGAAGAUUUAGGGCUAUCAAUAAAUAAACCAAGCAUUCCAGACGUUAUUACCUAUUUAACAAAAAAGUUUCAUGAGGGAUUGUCAUAUGGUAGUUUAAAUUCUAUUAGAUCAGCAUUAUCAUUGAUUAUAGGUACUCACCUUGGUACAGAUGAAAGAAUCAAAAGAUUGUUUAAAGGAUUUUUUAAGUUAAGACCUAGUGCGCCUAAAUAUAAUGAUACAUGGGAUGUAUCCUCAGUUCUUAAGUAUAUUGAAACAGAAUAUAAAGAUUCAAGUAAUUUAGAAACUAUAACAAAAAAGACUGCUACUUUAUUAAUUCUAGCCACAGGCCAAAGAGUACAAACAUUAUCUUUAAUUGACAUAAAUAAUUUAAUUAUUAAGGAUGAUUGUGUAACAAUUAAAAUUGAUAAAUUAAUUAAGACCUCUGCCCCUAACAAGUGUCAGCCAUUUCUUACAUUACCCUUUUUUAGGGAUAAAGCAGAUAUUUGUCCUGCUAAAGCGCUCUGUGACUAUCUCGAUGCAACAAAGCAUCUUAGAAAUACUGACAAUUUAUUUGUAUCUUUUAGAAAACCGCAUAAAAAAGUUUCCUCCAGCACAAUCAGCCGUUGGAUAAAGAAGUGUAUGACCGAAAGUGGUAUAGACACAUCAAUCUUUACCACACAUAGCACCAGACACGCUACGACAUCUGCAGCGUUUAAUAAAGGUGUAAAUAUUGAUGAUAUACGUAGAACAGCUGGUUGGUCUGGGGAAUCCACAGUAUUUGGAAGGUUUUACAAUAGACCUAUUAUAAAUAAUAGUCUUUUUGCUGAGAGCAUUUUUAGAAAUUAAUUAUUUUAUAAAAUAUGAAUGUUAAUUAGCUCAUAAGAAAAACAUGACUGUGAUUGAAUAUGAUAAGGAUAAUAGUUAUUAAUGAAAG